AGUGAAUAUCUCGUGAAUUAUAUCAUGAAAACAGUGUUAAUAUAAUAUCUGUAAUACUCUUAACGUUAUUGUCGUCGGUAUUGCUAAACAUAGGAGUGAGUCAUCGCUGAUGGGAUGCAUGAGAAGUGACUCCUAUUUGAGACACUAUUUGCUUAUAUCGGACACAAAAACACCAAUAUUUCAGUGCAUUUGCAGCGGUGUGUGGACUAAACCAUAGCCAUUGACUGUCACCACCAAUAUAUCCAAGCAAUAAAUCGUAGCACAUUUUGCUAUAUCACUACUCGUGUACCGUUUGUGCCGCCAAUCAAUCGGUUAUCACCACUGAUUGACUGCUAAUAGACUGUCUUAUCACCGGUGGUGCAGUGUAUGAGCCCCGGGAGGGAUGGCAUCGAUGUCUUUCCUGGAGUUUUUCCAUAAGGGAGGCAAAAAAACAUUUAGGCCCAAGAAGAAGUUUGAGCCUGGUACGCUCAGGUACAGCCUACACAAACAGGCCGUCGCUAGUCUGGGCUCCGGUAUUAAUCUGCGAGAUGUCGUCAAAUUACCGCCAGGCGAAGACCUAAUGGAUUGGAUAGCCGUACAUGUGGUGGACUUUUUCAACCGAAUAAACCUGAUAUACGGCACAGUAUGCGAUCACUGCACAGAAGAUACCUGUCCCCGGAUGAGCGGCGGACAUAAGUACGAGUACUUAUGGGCCGAUGGCGUCAAAUACAAAAAACCCGUACCCCUACCCGCGCCCCGAUAUAUCGCACUACUCAUGGACUGGAUUGAGUCGCAGAUCAAUAACGAGGCCAUCUUCCCCACCAAAAACGACAUCCCAUUCCCCAAACAGUUUAUCCCCACGUGUAAGAAGAUAUUGGCGCGACUGUUCCGGGUCUUUGUUCACGUCUAUAUCCACCACUUCGACCGGCUGUUGACCAUCGGUGCGGAAGCGCAUUGCAACACAUGUUACAAACAUUUCUAUUAUUUUGUUAAUCACUUCGAUCUCGUCAGUCAAAAGGAGUUUGAGCCACUCACUGAACUCACGAGAAGGAUAUGCGAAACAAAGCCAUCCAAUGAAUUGUCGUUUAAAUGAUUAUUAAUUAUGAAGUUAUGAAGCGAU